CGUCGUCGGUACUACUAGUAUCUCUCUUCCAACAUUUCGUGUCUGUGGAAAUCCCUAUCUCCAUUUCAAUUUUGACAGCCAUCGCAUGACACGCUUCCCCCCACUGACGUCGAUGGAUGCGAUCGUUUCUGGCCUAUCCCCGAUGGAUGCGAUCAUUGCUGGCCUAUCAACGAGACUGUCGGUGCAAUUUGGAGGGCAAGCCAAUCAGUACUUAGACGAAUUGACACGGCUUGUGGAUCAGUCCGUCUCCGCCCGUCGAUUUGUGCUGCUGGCCCAAGCGGUGCUUGCCGACGAGUCCAGAAGCAAUUCCUUCCAGCCACUCCUAUGGGCCACGGCCCCAUCGACGCGCCCAACGUCGGCAGCGUUGAUAGCUGCUCCGUUGAGCUAUCCACUGGUGCUUGUCACUCAGUUGGCCACGUACUUGGCAUUUUUGGAGGCCGCCAACUUGACUCACGAAUCUCUGCUUUCGAUGAUUCGAAGCGGCACGGGGCAUAGCCAAGGUGUCGUGUCUGCCGUAAUUCUGGCGACGGCGACGACCCAGGACCAACUUGUGGACCUCGGGCUAGGCUUUGUGCGCCUAAUGUUUCAGCAUGGCCACCACGCCCAAAGCAUGUACGACGCCAUCGACACUGAGCCAAGACCCAGUCACCUUGCUGGGACACCGAUGCUUUUGGUGCGAGGUUUAACCGAAUCAGCCGUGAACGAAAGUAUUCGCCAACUCAACCACGAGCAUGAACUGAACCCCCCGCUUCAAGUGUCCCUAGUGAAUGCCACCACGACUCUGGUGGUCACUGGACUCCCAAAAUGGCUGAAUGUGUUGAGUGCGACUCUGGAAGGGAAACAGCAGCAAUGGGCAGUGGAAUACUUGCGGGUGGAGUUUCUUCCAGUGUCGUGCGCUUUCCACAACGACCUGCUACGCCCGGCGCAAAGUCGGAUCGAAGCGGCGGCGUCUCGACUGGGUCUAGUGAUCAAAGGAAGCGCGUUGCAGUUUCCCGUAAUUGCAACCUCGGACGAGAGCGUCAAUUUGCAAGAAUUCGGCAGUCACGACAUUCUCCCAGCUCUGAUUCAAAUGCAGCUAUGUGACGUGGUGCACUGGCCCAAUACGACAUCCAAGGCGCAGUCCUUCCCUGGCAUCGAUCGCGUUUUGGAUUUUGGGCCUGGUCGAAGCACACCCCUAUUGCUCCAACCUGGUGUUGAAGGCCAUCGAGUCAUCACUAUUUUGGACCCCCCUACUUCCCCUGUUCAAGGCAGGGCGGAACUGUCGGAUAACGAUUACCAAAUGGCCAAGGUGUGGGCAACCGUACUGAACGUCGACGUGGGCGCGAUUGGUUCAAACUCUUCCUUCUUGGAGCUGGGAGGUGACUCCAUGUCCGCUGUCCAGGUGGUUGCCGCUUGCAAGGUACUGGGCUUGAACCUCACCGUGGCCCAGCUUUUGCGGGACCCAAUGCUUCGAAACGUUGCAAGGAAGGCCAACACCUCACCCGAGCCCGUAGCGUGGCCGCACGUAACUGUGAGCACCGAAGUGUUGGGCUCCAUCGACGUCAAUCGAACUCAACAUGCCACGGUCUUGCCUGCAACCCCCAUGCAAGCUGGGAUGCUCGCGGCCACUUCGGCCAAUCCAAGCGCGUAUACAUUGCAAAUCACACUGAAGUUGACAGACCGUGCCAGCCAAUCAGCCCUCGAAAGAGCCUUCCAAAGACUUGUGACGGAGCACACUAUCCUCCAAACGACGUUUGCCAGUUGUCCCCACGGCCUGUAUCAGAUCGUGCCUUGGUCCCCGCCAGCGGACGUCGCCAUUUCCCAUGUAUCUAACGUGUCCAUUCACGACUUGCUCAAGACAGACCUGGCCCGUGGAUUCAUGUUGGACGACCCUUCGUUCGUUCGGUUAGCUAUGCUGUCGUCACCCCAGUCCUUGGAGGUGUACGGUGUUCUGACCAUUCAUCAUGCCCUUAUUGAUGGGUGGUCCAUCAACUCGCUGUUGUCUGAUCUCAUGGAUCUCAUGGAUCAGCUGCCUCUAGCACCUCGGCCGCCCUUUCGAUCGGUGGUGGAUUACAUGGAAAACCAAGACGCCGUGGCGACUCGAGCGUUUUGGCAGGCGUAUCUGGCCAAUGUCGUGCCUACCCCAAUCAGCUCGCAUGUGUCCCCGGGCUUGAACGAUGUCCACAGUGCGCCGUUGAGCAUGCUGCACUCAGUAUCUUUGGCCCAGUUGACUCGACUUGCCUCUCAAACGGGUGUCAGUGUAUCCGAGUUGGCCAAAUUUGCGUGGGCAGCGACCGUUCGCAAGUUCUCCCGACAGAACGACGUCGUGAUUGGUCAAGUCAUGGCGAAUCGAGGGAUCCCAGUUCAAGAGGCGGACAGGAUUCUGGGGCCAUUGCUGAGUACAGUGCCGUGUCGAGUGACGUUUGUGGACGAGUUGCCACUAGUGAAACUAUUGCAGCACAUGCAAGCCGUCAACCACGCCAUGUCAGCGUCGUUUUCCCAUGCGAGUCUGGUGGAUGUGGCCAAGUGGAGCGACGGAAUCCGCCCAGAUCAGCUGUUUGACACUAUGUUUGCGUUUCAACAGUGGCCUCCACGUCGAUCACGUGCUGGCGUGGAAGUGAUUGAGUCGUGGAAGGACUCGCAAGGCCAAUUUACGCAAAACUAUGCGUUCGAGCUACUCGUUGAGCCCACAAGUCACGGCGCUCUGUCGACCACUGCAACGUUUGCACCAGAAAAACUGUCGCACGCCCAAGCGCGUGAAAUACUCCACGAGUACGACCACACGUUGACCCAAUUGUGUGCUGGGUUGGCAGCGGAUGCGUCACAGCCGACCACAGCUCUGGCACUGUGGACCUUGAGCCCAGCUCAGACCGAGUUGAUCCACGCAUCUUCGUUCGGACCGGAAAUGGAGCUGCCGUUUGAACUGCUGCAUCAUGCGUUUGAAGUCAGAGCGAAGGAAUUUCCUGACGCGCGAGCGGUGGAGUUUGAGGGGCAGUGGUUAUCGUAUGGUGAAUUGAAUGACCAGGCGAAUGCGGUGGCGUGUGAGUUGGCCGAGUUGGGCGUGUGCGUCGGCAGCCGCGUGGCGGUGAUCAUGGACAGAAGCCUGGAGUUUCCCAUUGGAUUGCUGGCGACGCUCAAAGUGGGGGCUGCUAUCAUGGCUUUGGACGUUUCUUUUCCGGUGGCUCGGUUGUCGUUCAUCGUGUCGGAUGCAAAUGUGUUGACUGUGGUCACUGCCUCUCGCCUGUUGAAACGAGUGAGGGACAUGCACCUUGGCACACAUGUGGUAGAUGUAGCAGUCGGUAGCAAGCAGCCAACCACGUCAUUUACGCCAAGUCCGCAACAUGUGGCGACACGAAACGACGAAGCGUUCAUCGUGUACACGUCGGGCUCGACUGGGAAACCCAAGGGGGUGCCCGUCUUGCAUUGCAGUGCUCUCAACACAGUGUUUGAUUGGAACGUCCAAGCAGAGAUGACCGAAGGUAUGCGUGUGCUGCAGUUCAUGGCCAUUGGAUUCGACGUUUGCCAAAUGGAAGUGUGGGCUACUCUGAGCUGCGGGUCGUGCCUUGUGCUGCGCAGUGACAACGAUUUUGAAGCCAUGUCGUCGGUCAAUGUCCUCAUGUGUACCCCCACUGGCUUGGGGCACUUGGGUUGUCCGACCCAAUACCCCAACCUGCAAAUCGUCAUGGUGUGUGGGGAAGUCUGCCCGAACAAGCUCAAGAAGGACUGGUCUGGGCACGUCAAGUUCAUCAACGUGUACGGACCGUCGGAAUGCUAUGUCACGCACUUGGCCCACCUUGGCCCACACGACUCAGUGACCAUUGGUCGGCCUAUUGCCAAUGUCCGCUGCUACAUUCUGGACCAGAACCAACGCCAAGUGCCCCAAGGUGUUGUGGGUGAAAUCUACCUCGGUGGCAUCGGCGUAUCUCCCGGGUACAUCAAUGUACCCCUUCAGACCAUCGAGCGCUUCGUGGCCGAUCCAUUCGAUCCAGCAAAAGCAAGAAAGAUGUACCGAACCGGAGACUUGGGCCGAUUGCUGUCGAACGGACGGUUUGAUAUACUAGGUCGCAUGGACAGCCAGGUCAAGGUGAAGGGGUACCGCAUCGAGCUGGACGAAGUGGCGAAUGCGAUGAUGCAACAUGUCGGCGUCGUGUCUGCAGCUGUCAUCGUGAAAGACAAGACCCACCUGGUGGGGUAUUUCACACCUGCCAGCGUGAACGUCGAAGCCUUGCGCGAGACGGUGGUGGACUUGCUGCCUGUGUACAUGGUUCCUGUGGUGUGGGUGGGGCUGGAUGUGAUGCCCCAAAAUGCCAACGGCAAGAUCGACAAGUUGGUUUUGGCGGCCAUGGAGGUGGCCGAUGUGUUCGAACCAGUGGAGAGUGAGAUGGAGGCCAAGGUGGCGGCAGUAUGGGCCCAAGUGCUGGACGUGAGUGUGGCUGACAUUGGUCGCCAAUCGUCGUUUUAUGCGCUGGGAGGGGACUCGCUGUCUGUAGUGAAAGUGGUGGCUGCGAGCAAGCUGGCUGGAGUGCACCUGACAGCGUCGGACCUGUUGAAAGCUAUGGUGUUGUGGCGAGUGGCUGCAGUGGCUACCAUACCUCAAGCUACGAUCUGUCCAAGUGCCAAACUCAACGAGGAUGCUAAGGCUUCCAUUCAACAGGAAUGGCCUGCCAUGGCCAAGUGGCCUGACUGUGUCGUCUAUCCUGUGACUGGUCUGCAAGCAGGCAUGCUGGUAGCCACGAUGAAGAACCCUUCUUCCUAUGUCCUGCAAAGUGCCGUCCAUUUGGACGCCUCGGUGGAUAUGGCCAAGCUUCAGUCUGCGUUUCAAGCACUAGUUGCGCGACACGAAAUCUUGCGGACAGCCUUUGCCUCAACGUCCGCUGGCUUGUGCCAAGUCAUUCGGUCCGAUGCCAAUGACAUUGAAAUGGCUAUAGUCUCCGCAACAACGAUUGAAGAGUUCUUGCACCUUGACAGCGUCCGUGGGUUUGAGCUGGGGGUCGAUCACUUUGUUCGUUGGACUGUGGUCAAGACCGAAUCUAACACAUUUGGGGUCAUGACGAUCCAUCAUGCGCUCAAUGAUGGGUGGACGUUUCCGCUGCUGUGGGAAGACCUGUUGAGCAUAGUCAAAGGCAAGGCGUUGGUAGAUCGGCCGAGCUUUCGCCACGUUGUGGACUUCAUCGAAGCCCAAGACAAGUCAGAAACGGAGGAGUUCUGGCGGUCCUAUCUGGAUGGGGUUGUCUCGUCCACCAUUGGGACCAGUGGCGCGCAACUGCACGAGGAAGUGGUGCCCUCUAGUCCCCUGUGUAUUUCGUCCAAGGCUAGCCUGGCGGAGAUAACCCUCACCGCCCAACGAUUUGAUGUGACGGUCGCAGAGUUGGCCAAGUUUGCUUGGGCUGCGACCCUUCGCAAGUAUACUCGUCACAACGAUGUCGUGUUUGGUCAAGUGAAGGCGAAUCGAGAUAUUCCCGUCGACGGUGUCGAGAGGAUUCUGGGUCUGCUGGUGAGUACCGUGCCUUGCCGAGUCCAAUUCGACGAUGCAUUGCCGUUGUCGGCGAUGCUGGAGAGCAUUCGAGUGGAACGCGGAGUGAUGACGCCUUUUACUCAUGCCAGCCUGGUGGACAUCAAGAAAUGGAGUGGCGUUGAAGGCGAGCUGUUUGACACGCUGUUUGCCUUCCAGACUUCUGCAGCCAGGGGUGCCGACCAGGGGUAUUGGUCCGCUGUAGAAGGCUCAAUGAAGUCCCAGUUCUCCAUGGAGUAUACGUUCGAGCUCAUUGUGGCGCCCAAGGCAGGGUCAUUGGAAAUCAACGCAUUGUACAAGCCUGGCUGCAUGUCACGGGAUCAGGCCCAGUGGAUCAUGCGCGAAUUUGACGAGCUGGUGUGGCAACUGUGCACUGAAUCACCGGACAAGACAAUCAACUUGUGGGAUGUGAGUCCAGCCCAGGGGGAAUUCAUCCAGAAUUCGACCUUUGGUCCGGAGGUGCCACUGCCAUUCGAGUUGCUGCAUCAUGCGUUUGAAAGCCGGGCGUUGAAACAUCCAGAACUCCUAGCGGUGGAGUUUGAGGGUCAGUGGCUGUCGUAUGGUGAAUUGAACGCCCAGGCGAAUGCGGUGGCGUGUGAGUUGGCCGAGUUGGGUGUAUGUGUCGGCAGCCGCGUGGCAGUGAUCAUGGAUCGAUGUCUGGAGUUACCUAUCGGAUUGCUUGCGACGCUCAAAGUUGGGGGCGCUAUGAUGCCACUGGACGUUGCGUUUCCUCUGGACCGUGUGUCAUUUAUGUUUGCCGACGCGGGGGUUGACGUGAUUAUCACCACUGAUGUCCAUGUUGGUCGAUUGAGAAAUUUGUCAUGUCAAGUGGUCACUAUUCAUUCCGAACGAUUAGCCUUGAAUCCAAGAGCUUUCAAGCCGCAGCCUUGUCACAUUGCGUCGCGUACGAACGAAGCGUUCAUUGUGUAUACGUCUGGAUCCACGGGGAAACCAAAAGGCGUGCCCGUGCUGCAUCAAGGCGCCGUCAACACCAUUUUCAACCAACCGCAUGGAUUCCACCAUUAUCGCGAGGGCAACCGCCUGCUUCAGAUCAUGGCCAUCGGAUUCGACGGGUGUCAGCGGGACACUUGGAAAGCGUUGAGUCACGGGGCUACAUUAGUCCUUCGUGGUAACGAUAUGUUCGACGCAAUGCCGACGAUCGAUAUCAUCAGCACCACCCCUACUGGAAUUGCCCACUUGGGGGACCCCAAGCAGUACCCGCGCUUGAAGCUGAUUGCUCACGGAGGGGAACAAAUGCCAUCUUCGCUCAAGGACUUGUGGGCUGACCAUGUGUCGUUGAUGAACUGCUACGGCCCGUCGGAGUGUGCUAUUGAAACGCAUGUCCAACAGCUGACCAAAUAUCAACCCACGACCAUCGGCCGACCGAUCAACAAUGUGACAUGCUACGUACUGGACGCGUCGCUCCGUCCAGUUCCAAUUGGAGUCGUGGGGGAGAUCUUCUUGGGCGGCAUGGGCGUAUCGCCUGGAUACAUCAAUCGACCAGACGAAUCAACCUACCGGUUCGUUCCUAUCGUUCUCGAUGGUGAUAGCAAGCUCGUGUUUCGAACGGGUGAUUUGGGUCGACUGAUGCCAAAUGGUCACUUUGAAGUCCUUGGUCGAGAAGAUACCCAAGUCAAGCUCAAGGGGUACCGCAUCGAGCUGGACGAAGUGGCGAAUGCGAUGAUGCAACAUGUCGGCGUCGUGUCUGCAGCUGUCAUCGUGAAAGACAAGACCCACCUGGUGGGGUAUUUCACACCUGCCAGCGUGAACGUCGAAGCCUUGCGCGAGACGGCGAAUGCGGUGGCGUGUGAGUUGGCCGAGUUGGGUGUAUGUGUCGGCAGCCGCGUGGCAGUGAUCAUGGAUCGAUGUCUGGAGUUACCUAUCGGAUUGCUUGCGACGCUCAAAGUUGGGGGCGCUAUGAUGCCACUGGACGUUGCGUUUCCUCUGGACCGACUUGAACUGGUUCUGGAAGAUGCUGGGGUUGACGUACUUGUGACUACGGAUGUUCUUGUUGGUCGGUUGGAAGGGUUGUCAUGUCAAGUGGUCACCAUUCUAACUGAGCGGCUCGCGUUGAACCCAAUAGCAUUCAGUCAGUUGCCCUGUCACAUUGCCUCCUCUAAGGACGAAGCGUACCUUGUGUACACAUCGGGGUCGACGGGGAAACCCAAAGGCGUCCCGGUAUUGCAUCAAGGCGUCACCAAUACUAUUUUCAACCAACCCCACGGAUUCCAUCACAUUUGCGAGGGAAGUCGCAUGCUACAAGUCAUGGCCAUUGGAUUUGAUGGCUGCCAAUGGGAUUUGUGGAAGGCCCUGAGCCAUGGCGCCACUCUAGUUCUCCGUGGUAGCAACAUCUUCGACAUUUUGCCUUCGAUCGACGUCGUGGGGAUUACUCCGACGGGCUUGUCUCACUUGGGGGAACCAUCGCAGUACCCUCGCUUGAAGCUGGUGGCUCAUGGCGGGGAAGUCAUGCCCUCUGCCCUCAAGGACUUGUGGGCUGACCACGUGACUCUGGUGAAUCGGUAUGGCCCGUCUGAAGGUGCCAUUGAAACCCAUGUCCAAUGUCUCUCCAAGGGUCAGCCCACUUCCAUUGGCCGACCGAUCAACAAUGUCACCUGCCGUAUCUUGGACACCUCGUUCCGGCCUGUGCCCGUGGGUGUCGUGGGGGAGAUCUACUUGGGCGGCAUCUGCGUCUCGCCUGGAUAUAUCAACCGGCCAGAUGACUCAACGUACCGCUUCGUGUCCAUCGCCUUAGGGAACAAUCAACCCCCUGAAUGCAUGUUUCGAACGGGAGAUUUGGGGCGGUUGCUGCCAAACGGCCAAUUUGAAGUCCUUGGUCGAGAAGACACCCAAGUCAAGCUCAAGGGGUAUCGCAUCGAGUUGGAUGAAGUGACGAAUGCCAUGAUGCAGCAUCCCGAUGUCGUGUCCACUGCUGUGAUCGUCAAGGACAAGACCCAUCUUGUGGGCUUUUUCUCACCGGCCAAUGUCAAUAUGAAUGCUCUACGCGAAACUGUCGCCGCCUUAUUGCCCGUGUACAUGGUGCCUGCAGCAUGGGUGGGUCUGGACGCGUUGCCGCAAAACACCAACGGCAAGAUUGACGUGAAAGUUCUGGCAACAUUCGACGUUAAUGUGGUGAUCGAAGCUCUGGAAUCAGAGACGGAAAAGGUCGUGGCCGCCGCGUGGGCCGAUGUCUUGGGCGUGGAAGUCAACGCCAUUGGACGCAACACGUCGUUCUUUGCCCUGGGGGGCGACUCGAUUUCGGUCAUUUCGGCUGUGGCUAUGUGCAAGAAAGCUGGGUUGUUCCUCACGGUGGCUAAAUUCAUGGAAACACUCGUCUUGUGGCGCGUUGCCGCCGCCGCGACCACCGCAUCGGACAUGCUGGUUUGGCCACAGGCAACGGUUAAAGCUUCCGUCCGGACUCAAAUUGACGACGAGUGGAGGGCGGCGCUGGGCGGGGGGGACAUUGAAGUGUACCCCACGACUCCGUUGCAAGGGGGGAUGCUCUUCGCCACAGCCAAGGACCGACAUGCGUACGUGCAUCAAACGCCUCUGCUUAUUCCAUCCACAUGUUCGUUGGCCGAUGUCGACGGGGCGUUUCAAACUGUGGUGGCGUGCCAUGACAUAUUGCGGACGACGUUUGUGAGCACGUCCAGUGGCAUUUUUCAGAUUCUGCAGAAAUCUCAGGGGGACAAUGUCCAGCAACUUCCGUUGUCCAUCGCGACGACGGCGAGUUUAAAAGACUUUUUGGCGGAAGACCUCGCCCGAGGGUUUGCUCUCGGCGACAAAUCGUUUGUCCGCCUGACUGUUGUCUCCACCGAACGAGACUGCUCCAUUGUAGCCGUGCUGACCAUCCAUCAUGCGCUGUACGACGGGUGGUCGCACGCGAUGCUCCUGAACGACCUCUUCAAGGCAUUACAAAAACGCCCCAUCGUGUCUACUCGACCCAGCUUUCGAACUGUCGUCGACUACAUCGAAGCGCAAGACAUGGUCAAGGCAGAGGCAUACUGGACCACGUACUUUUCCGCCUUGUCGCAUGCCACUCUGGUCAACUCGCUGGUCCGUCCAUCAGUCGGUGACGAGAAGCAUUUUCUAGACAGCAUUUCAAUUCCACUGGAAGGUCUGACCAAGGCCGCGCAAGUUGCUGGGUCGACCGUGGCAGAUGUGGCCAAGUUGGCGUGGGCGGCCACCCUUCGCAAAUUCACGCAGCGCAACGACGUUGUUUUUGGCCAAGUGAUGGCGAACCGAGACAUUCCCGUGCACGACGCCGAAACGAUCAUGGGGCCGCUGAUCAACGUUGUGCCGUGUCGAGUGACGUUUGACGAUGCUGUAUCAGUGACGCAACUGCUCCAAAGCAUGCAAGCCGGUCGUGUGGCGUCGAUGGCUCAUUCGCAUGCCGGACUGGUUGACGUCAAGCGCUGGAGUGGGCUUGGGGACAGCGACAAUCUCUUCGACACGCUGUUUGUCUAUCAGAACUUGCCGUCUUCUGGUGACCAAGACGGAUUUGCCAUCAUUGAAAACACCGCCCACACAUCGCAUUCUGAUGAAUACGCGUUUGAGCUGCUGGUGCAACCGUCGUCUACAUCGCUGGUAAUUGAAGGGCUGUUUCACCCUGCGAUGAUGACAAGCAUCCAAGCCCAGAUGAUCGUCCACGAGUUUGGCGAAACGAUGCUCCAAGUGACCAACUGCCUCGUGAAAGCCCCGUCGCUUGUCUCGGAGUUAUGGCGACUUGGUAGGGCUCAAAUUGAAGUUCUUCAACUGCAAAGUAGUCCCCUCUCUCCUCUCGUGCCACGUCAUGGCCAACUCCACCAGUUGUUUGAACACCAAGCCAAAUCUCAGCCACAGGCUCGUGCGAUUCAACUCGAUGGCAUGUGGCUCACGUACGGGAACCUCAAUGCGAUGUCGGAUGCAUUGGCAGCAAAGUUGGUGGUGCUGGGGGUGUCGUCGGAAGCGCGAGUGGCAGUGGUGAUGAAUCGCGACAGUUUCGAAUUCCACGUCAGUAUGUUGGCGGUGCUCAAGGCUAGUGGUGUGGUUGUCCAAGUCAACAACGUGCAUGGGUCGACAGAUGAACCCGUGUACUCGACAGUGGAGCUGAUCUUGUUGCCCGCCGAUCAGCCGAAUUCUGUAAACACUUCUGCCACAACAUUUCACGUCAAUUUGGCAGACUUGAAUACCCCCGCAUCUCCGUGUGAGGCCCUGACCGCUUCCUCGUCAAGCGCUGACUGCAUCGAGUUCACGGACAAGCCAACGCGUCAAGUCGUGCGUCACUUAGACGUGAUUCGUGCCGCGUCAGAUCUGGCUCAAGAGCUCAAGUACUCCAACUGUACGCGAGUCAUGUCGUUUGGAACGACUGAUUUGAGUCACUUUUACGACACGUGGACUGCAUGGAGUUGCGGUGGGACUGUGGUUUGCCCUGGACACGACGUGCUGAAGUCCCUGGCAUCCGUGGACGUCAUGACUGGCUCAUUUGAGUCAGUGUCCUCCGUGUCGCAUGCAGCCCUCGACCGCGUGGUGGUAUGGGGACUGGGGGGUUGCUCCCUGCCAACGUCUGUGGCUGGCACCUCCUGUCGACGGACGCACGUGUACGUUCCAUCCCAACUGACCCGGCCGACGCAUGUGUCGGAUGACCAAGCGAGCGGGUGGCGUCCCAUGCAUGGCAUCCAAAGCACCGUCGUGGUGAAUCCCCAUCGCCAAGUGCCAGUGGGAGUGUUUGGGGACCUUUAUACCAAGUCUGUCGUGGAGAAUGCCAUGCAAAGUGACAAUACAUCCGAUGUUAGCACUCUAACAGGGGAUCGAGGGUGUGUGUUGCCCAAUGGACUUCUGCACGUCGACACUUUGCCCCAAACCCUGCGACAAGCAGCAGUCGACGCUACUACCGCCGUGCACUCGAUGAUGAACCAUGAGAACGGAUCGUACUUGAUCUACCCAACCACGCCGCUUCAAGCUGGCUUGAUGUUCACAACGAUGCAGGACCCGACCACAAGUGUGCAUCAAUUUGCGUUUCGAUUGAAAUCGCUCAACGUCCAACGAUUGAGUGGGACGUUCCAGCAACUGGUGGCUCAAAAUGAACUCCUGCGGACCAGGUUUGUAUCGACGCCAGCUGGCGUGUUCCAAGUCAUUCAUCAGGACAUGUCGAAGGAUGCGAAAGUCGCCCAAGUCACCGCAAAGUCGUUGGACGAGUUCACGACGCAUGAUCGAGAGCGGGGAUUUCACAUGGGGGAUCGCAUGUUCCUUCGGAUGACCGUGGUCGCAACAGCAUCGUCCGACCGGUUCCUUGUCCUGACGAUGCACCACGUGCUCUAUGACAGCCACGCGGCCCACUUCGUCAUGUCCGACUUCCAGCGACUGUACCAGACCUUCCCCGUCGUGCCUCGUCCCCCGUUCCGCCACGUCAUGGAUUUCAUCCUGGCUCAAGACCCAGCUGUGACCAAGGCGUUCUGGCAAACCUACUUGGGCGGCUCGUCCGGCACACUCUUGGGCGUGGAAGUGGCCAGCACUUCAUUUGAAAACACCGAGCCGUUGUGUGUUCGAGCGGCGACGUCGCGGUCGAAAUUGGCCGAGAUUGCCGCAGCUGCCAACGUUACUUUGGCUACGUUGGUGCAGUUUGGAUGGGCCGCAACGCUGCGACGAUACACGCGACAAACAGACAUUGUGUUUGGUCAAGUGUUGGCGAAUCGAAACAUUCCUGUCCAAGGCGUCGAACGGAUGAUGGGGGCGGUCAUGAGCAGUGUUCCUAGCCGUGUCCAGUUUGACGCGAACACAAAGUUGGCAACCCUCCUUGGAGCGUUGGAAGGCAGCAACCGCGACGUGAUUCCACAUGGCCAUGCCAGUUUGGUGGACAUCAAGCAAUGGAGUGGCGUGGAAGGGGAGCUAUUCAACACGUUGUUUGCCUUUGUAGAGUCCCAAGCUACUCUCGAGUCCCAAUGUGACGAGUUCGAGGCAGUCGACACUUCAGAAACUAGCCACACCAACACGUCCGACUACUACCCGUACGAAGUGAUUGUCGUUCCUGCGACGGACGACGGGCUCGAAUUGCACGCGUUAGCCAGCCCUAACCACAUGUCCUGGACACAUGCGCAUUCGAUUCUCGUCGAAUUCGACGACCUCCUUGCGACAUUGGCGAAUCUGCCCAACUUCGCGGAAGCAUCCGUGGACGUUCUGGACGGGUUGUCCGGCAGCCAGACGCAUUUUAUCAAUGAGUGUGCCCUCGGUCCUCAAGUGGAGCUUCCGUUCGCCUUCUUGCACCACGGGUUUGAAGCACACACCAGCAAGUACCCCCUGGACCCAGCCGUCGAGUUCAACGGCCUUGUGCUGACGUACGGCGAAGUCAACGACCAAAGCAACAAACUCGCGCGGCUGCUGGCUGAGCUCGGGGCUGGCGUAGGAUCUCGCGUGGCCGUCAUUAUGGAGCGAUGCUUGGAAUUUCCCAUCGCAAUGCUGGCGGUGCUCAAAGCAGGCGCCGCCAUGAUCCCACUGGACGCCACCUUUCCAGCCCAUCGAUUGUCGUACAUUCUAGACGACGCCGACGCUGUGGCGGUGAUCACGACCGAAGCCAACGAUUACCGCAUCGACGAGAUGGAGUUGUCGAUUCCAGUGGUGUUCACUUCCUCCAUCGACUUGGCCAAGGCACCACCCGUAACCCAACACCUAACAGCAUUGGCAUCCCCGAAAGACGAAGCGUAUGUAGUGUACACCUCAGGUAGCACCGGCCACCCCAAGGGCGUGCCAGUCGUGCACGAUGCCGCUGUGAACGUGAUUGUGAAUCGGUCAAGUGACAUCCCCAGAGGCAGCCGCGUAGUGCAGUUUAUGGCUAUCGGGUUUGACGGGUGUCAGUGGGAGACGUGGAAGGCCUUGAGCUUUGGAGGCACGUUGGUACUGCGCCAAUCGGACGUGUUGGCCACCGUAGCCAGUGCCAACGUGCUCUCUUGUACCCCCACGGCGCUGGCGCUGUUGGGUGACCCCGCUCAAUUCCCCCGUCUAAAAGUGGUGGCUGUGGGGGGUGAAGCCAUGCCGAUGGCCAUCAACAACCUGUGGGCUUCCUCGCACGUGACGCUGUUGAACUGCUACGGCCCCACUGAAUGUGCCAUAGAGUCGCACGUGAAAGAGCUCCACCCCCACGCGGCUGUGACGAUUGGCGCCCCCAUUCAAAACACUGCAUGCUACAUCUUGGACAAGUGGCAGAAGCCAGUGCCCGUGGGGGUGGAAGGCGAGAUGUACUUGGGCGGCGUGUGCGUCUCUCCAGGGUACAUCAACCGCCCGUUAGAAACUGAGUCGCAUUUUGUAGCCGACCCCUUCGCGGGGGGCUCCAUGUAUCGGACGGGGGACAUCGGGCGGCUGCAAUGGAACGGGGAGUUUGAAGUCAUUGGUCGACAAGACACCCAAGUGAAGCUGAAGGGCUACCGCAUCGAGCUGGACGAAGUGGCAGAUGCCAUGCAGCAACAUCCCCUCGUCACGUCCGCCGCGGUGCUGGUCAAGAACAACACGCACCUGGUGGGGUACUAUGCCCCGUCGACUGUCAGCGUGGACGACUUGCGUGCCGUGGUGGAGGACCUGCUUCCGCCCUUCAUGGUGCCAGCAGUGUGGAUGGGCAUGGCCGAGCUCCCCCAAAAUGCCAACGGAAAGAUCGACAAAAAGGCACUGGCACAUGUGGAUGUGUCGGUGCACUUGGAGCGUUUGGAGUCUGAGGCCGAGAAAGCACUGGCAGAGAUUUGGGCGACAGUGCUCAACAUAGAUGCGACGACCAUCGGACGCAACACGUCGUUCUUUGCCGUCGGCGGUGACUCGAUUUCCACCCUCAAGGUCCUCAACUGCAUGCAAAGACAGCUCGGAAUGACCAAGUUGACGCUUUCGGCCAUUUUGAAGCACCCCAAGCUCAGCGACAUGGCAGCCCUCGUUGUCUGCUAAUCCUAUAAUCCAUAUUCAUAUUUACACAUACAGUGUGCAGCUAGCUCAGCUCUACAUAUUGACCAUAACGUACUACAUAUUGUAUCUUCAA